CCCUGCCAAAGGAGUUAAGGGUGUACAACCCAAUUGAUGAUGAAACUGCAGCUUCAUAUAUGAAGACUUUCUCAAAAACAUUCCCAAGAGGAUUUGCUAUGGAGGUUCUCCAAGUUUAUAGUGGCCCUCCAGUUAUUGCUUACAAGUUCAGGCACUGGGGUUUCAUGGACGGUCCUUUUAGAGGGCAUGCCGCUACUGGGGAGAUGGUAGAGCUCUUUGGCAUGGCCAUGUUUGAGGUGGAUGAAGAUAUGAAAAUUGUGAAGGUGGAGUUCUUUUACGAUCGUGGAGAAUUGCUUGCUGGUCUCCUCAAAGGUGCGAAAAUAGAUGGAUCAUAUUCAUCUAAAGAAGCAGCAGCACCCUCAAGCUGCCCUGUUCUCAGGAACAAUUAAUAAUGGCUGGCUGAUAUUGCCAUGCCAACUUUCAUAGUACAAAAAUAAAUAAAGGAAAUCUCAACUUAACUGUGCUCAAGGCAUGUGUUAAAGUGAAUUUUAUGAUCCACAAUCUUGCAAGAAGAUACAAUUUACAGUGGAUGACGUGUUAAAAGCUGUAAAGUUUUAUCCUUUUGUAAACUUGUGAUACUACAUAAUUCCUUUAAUAUGUGUUUAGAGAACAUAUGUUAAGAGAACCUGUAAAAUAAUAAAAUGUUUAAUUAAUCCUAAUAAGAUAAAUAGAAAGGGAGUGACUAAAUAAAUAAUUGCUCAUAGUGGGCACUUGGGUAUGCAGUUUGAGAGAUCCCUGUUCAUCUGCAGUCAAGAUUCAACCUGUCGCAGCUAAGUGACUUGACUUUAAUUUUCUUUUAUA